AGUAAUAUACUUUUUCCUACCCGCCACUCCUAAAGAAAAAAGUUAUUAAGAGCAGCGUAUACAGGCGAAGAGGUGGCCAGUCUUCUACACCAGCUCUAUUACUGUCUGUAAACUAUGUCCAACUCAUUAAAACGAUCAAUUCUAAUCACUGGGUGUUCCCAGGGCGGCGCCGGCAAUGCAUUAGCUUUAGAGUUUGCUGCCAAAGGCUUCCGUGUCUUCGCCACCGCGCGUUCACUCAAGACACUUGGUAACUUGACUGAGAAGGGCAUUGAGACCCUCACUCUCGAUGUGACCAAGCCUGAAAGCAUCGCCAACCUCAAGACUGAGAUAGCGACUCGCACAGGAGGCUCUCUGGAUAUUCUCUUCAAUAACGCCGGUGCCUUGUACGAAGCGCCUGCCGUUGAGGCCGAUCCUACUCGUGUUCGCCGCCUGUUCGACACGAAUGUAUUUGGACUGAUGGAAGUGGUUACGGCCUUCACCCCCCUUCUCCUCGUCUCUGUUUCCCAAAACUACGCGCCAACUAUCGUCAAUGUUGCCUCGGUUCUAGCGCGCCUCCCAAGCCCCUUCUCCUCCGCUUACAAUGCGACUAAGGCGGCGGUAGUAGCCUACUCGGACACUCUUCGACUUGAGGUUCGCCCACUGGGCCUAAGGGUCGUAACGCUCCACAUGGGAGAAGUAUCUACCCCCCUAAUGGCGACCGACAACAUCAAUUUUGGAGCCAAUAGCAUCUACCAUGACGCGGAGGCCGCUGUCAAACAAAGAACAACCACUCAUUUAGAUAAAACAAUGCCGCCGGAGCAAUUCGCUCGUGAGGUGGUUGGCGAAAUCGUUGGUGGAAAACAAUCUUUCCUCUGGAAAGGUACUAAUGCAUCUUUAGUAUGGCUGCUGAAUGUAUUGGGACCUAGGACUGUUUUUGACAGUACCUUGGUUAAGGCAGCUGGAUUAGAUAACAAGGAGACUCAGGCGAGUGUGUACAAGCGAGGCCAGGAGGUGGCCAAGAAGAAGGCCCAAGUAUAGGGUACGUUAGAAGGGUGAAGAUCUGAUGUUUUUAGAGCUAUGCUUAGUUUUAGCCAUUUUGGCCGCUGGGUUGCAUUUAUUACUUAUAUUUCUAAUUAUUUGUUAAAAACCCUGUAUACUUUACUGUUUUGAGAGGGGAUUGAGAGGACUCCUAGCUCAUCACUCUUUAGAGCAGUUCUAGCUAGAAUUUUAUGUAUGAAAAGUGUAG